AUGUCCUUUCGCAAGCGAGGAGUCGUCCUGGGCAAACCCCAAACUCCGGCCACGGCCAAGGUCGAAAAGUCUCUCCCCGCUGGCACUCGCCCGUCGCCGCACGACGGGCGCCUCACCACCUCGUCCGGUACGCCGUCGCUGGACCAGCUGCUGGCGGGCCAUGCUGGCCUGCCGAUGGGCACCUCGCUGCUCGUUGAGGAAGCCGGUACGACUGACUUUGGCGGCAUGCUGCUGCGGUACUACGCCGCCGAGGGCUUGGUCCAAGGCCACCACGUGCACGUUCUGGGCUUUGACGACUCGUGGCGUCGAGAGCUUCCCGGCUUGGGCAGCGAUACAAAGGAAAAGGCAGCCAAGCCGGAGUCGUCCUCUGACAGCAAGAUGAAGAUUGCGUGGCGGUACGAGACGCUAGGAAACAGAGUCUCGCCAUCUAGAGAACCCGCACAAACUACCUUGCCGCAGCAAAGCGCCGUCGCCACCUUUUGCCAUGCGUUUAACCUUACAAAGAAGCUAGAAAGCAGCGACAUCAAGGGCCAACUUUCUGCAACCCCAAUCGCGAGUGCUUCACCUCGGCCUACCCCAUUCUUCCGGGAUUUCAUUGCGUCGCUCGCCGCAAAACUGUCCAACACGCCGCUGUCUACAAUCCACAGAGUCGUCGUCCCCAGCCUCUUGUCGCCCACAUUGUACCCAUCCUACGCAAGCAACCCGCAAGAGGUACUGCACUUCCUUCACGGUCUUCGCGGUCUUUUGCGCCAAUACCAUACUAGGCUGACUGCUGUCGUCACCCUGCCCAUCUCGCUGUACCCCAGAGUCAACGGCCUCACCAGAUGGGCCGAGCUUCUCUGCGACGGCGUGCUGGAGCUGGUUCCUCUCGGCCACCAGAUACAAGUCAGCCGCGAUCCCACCAGCGAAGACAAGGCGCAAGGCCUCUUGCGAGUGCACAGCCUGCCCGUCUUCCACGAACGGGGUGGCGGCCUUGACGAGGGCUGGCGGCGCGAGGACUUGUCAUUCAAGCUUAGUGCUUCUACCGGCCUCGUCAUCACGCCGUAUAGCCUUCCGCCUGUAGGAGAAGAUGAACAGCAGGCCAAAGAUGCUGCAGAAGCCGAGAAAAAGAAAAAGUCCCUUGAAUUUUAA